UCUACAAAAAUGGUCAAAUAGAUUCAGCUACGCGUCGGAACAACCUCAAUAUCAGCAAACCAAAACUCACACUCAUACACACACACUCGCCGGCUCUUCAGCGAGAGACAGAGAGACACACAAAGAGUGAGAGAUACAUAGAUAUGAGCACGUCGAUGAGAGCAACACACACAUUCACCAAGCUUUUAUCGCCUUCUUCGCAUUCGUUUUCUCUUCGACCCUCUGCUUCUCUCCUCACUCGCCAUCAGAUGAGUACGGAGGCUGAGAAUGUUAUUGCUCGGCUCAAGAAUUCGGGUUUGUUACUUAGCCAAGGCCUCAUUGCUGGGAAAUGGAUCGAUGCCCAUGACAGGAAAACUAUCAAGGUUUGCAAUCCAGCAACUAGUGAAGUUAUAGUAGAUGUCCCAUGCAUGGGUCAGAAGGAGACAAAUGAUGCAAUACCUUCAGCAUAUGAGUCAUUUUAUUCUUGGAGCAAACUGACAGCUACCGAAAGGAGCAAAUAUCUAAGGAAAUGGUAUGAUCUACUAAUUGCCCAUAAAGAAGAUCUUGGACAGCUUUUUAACCUUAGAGCAAGGAAAACCUCUGAAAGAAUCCCUGGGUGAGGUUAGCUAUGGGGCUGGUUUUAUUGAGUUCACACGCAUGGAAUAAUGUGUUAUUCCACUCUCCUAGAUGAAGUCACAUUUCUAUCUCCACCACUAAUACUCCCUCCCUUAUCCAGCACCACUCUCUCCACCACAAUUUCUCCCUCCUUUAUCCACAAUCACUCUCUUAGAUAAUCUCACCUUUCUCCCUCUAACAUCAAAGUUCCCUCCCUGCUCAACAUCCACUCUCUUAGAUGAACUCAAUUUUCUCUCUCCACCACCGAAACUCCCUCUGUUGUUCACUUCCACACUCUCAAAAGAAUACCCACUUCUCACUCUA